AAAGUAGAAUUUAUGUUCUCCUAUUUGUAAACCCAAUUUUUCUCCCAAGUUUCAGAUAAUUUAGGGUUUUCAUUGAUCGCGAUCGAUAUGAAUCGUGCACUGCCUCCACCUCCUUCGUGUCACCCACCGGCACAGGCAGAGGAUGAGGAUGAGGAAGUGCCGUUUCCAAUAGCAGAGGAAACGGAUUCCCCGGCGCCAAAGAAGCAUAAACUAGGAGAUCAUGCCAAUAUCUCCGAUGAGGAGGAUGGUUAUACCAAUCCGAUAUUUAGGACUUGUACUGUCUACGAUUCGGAAGAAGAAAAUUAUUGCCCAGAUAUCCCCGGUGCCAAAAUGGAUAAACCUCUCUGGGAGAAAUACUGGAAACAGAUCAAGGAGAGCGAGGGAUUUGAUAUCACAGAUUGUCCUGGAGGGUGUUGGAUGACUACUAUUUGUCCCAUGCAAUACUACUUGAACUCUACUGAGAAUGUUGACCAGUUGAAGGGUUAUGCUGGAAAGGCACUUGAGCAUUACAACAGUAUUAAUGGCACUAGUUAUGAGGUCGAGAACAUUUUGAAGGUGAAUGGACAAGCUGUUGGUCGUUAUUUUGCUUACUAUCUUACCUUUUCUACCAAAAAUGGUGAGAAUGAUACUUUUCAAGCAAAGGUGCUGGAAGAUUUAGAUGAUUCCAUAGAGUGUCUUAUCGUCAGGCCUAAGGUUGCUACCAUGGGGUAAAGGAUGUUAUUUGAAUUGUUAGACAUUUGUUGGUGUUUCUUGUAAUGUUUUCAGCAUUUUGAUAUUCUAUCUAUAGUCUUAGUGGAAUGUGUUAUAUGAGUGUUGUAAAAGAUUAAUUUCAAGAACCUUAUAAUUUUUCUACACUCCUUGUCAUUUUAUGUGAUACUUUUGGUAUGUUGUUUGAAGUGUACACAAAUUUAACUUGUUGGGAAAGAAGACAUUAAGAUGAUGAUGAUAAAAAUCAAUUCACUUC